AUGGAUACUAUAGAUAAAAUUUGGAUGGAUCUCCGAAGAUCCACCAAUGAGUAUGAUCGUGGAGUGAAGUAUUUUCUUGAUAAGGCAUUUGAACGAGCUUCUCAAGGAAAUGAAAUACUAUGCCCUUGUAAAAGGUGUUUUAAUCGGUAUUGGCAUACUCAAACGGUGGUGGAGAAUCACUUGUUUGGUUAUGGAUUUGUUAAUGGAUACACCAAAUGGGUUUUCCAUGGAGAAGGAUUUUCUUCAACAAAUAUGCUGCAUCCAACCAAUGAUGAUGAAACUUCCGACAUGCAUGACGAUAUCGAUGGACUACUUUAUGAUACUUUUAGGAAUGUAGAAGGUGAUCUGCUGCAUGAAGGAGUGAGAGAGGGACCAUCUGAAGAUACAAAGAGAUUUUUCAAAUUAGUUGACGAAGGGAAACAAGAGUUGUACCCAGGGUGUAAGAACUUUUCUAAGUUGAGUUUCACCAUUCGGUUGUACUUGUUUAAAUGCAUUCACGGGUUGAGUAAUGUAGCCUUUUCAGACUUAUUAGACUUGAUAAAAGAGGCAUUUCCAUUUGCUCAGCUACCCGAGUCUUUCAACAAGGCAAAAAGAUGGAAGAAUGUUUGUGAUGAUUUGACUAAUAAGAACACUAAAAUCCCAGCAAAGGUUUUAAGGUACUUCCCUUUAAAGCCUAGGCUUCAAAGGAUAUUUAUGUGUUCUGAAACAUCUGUAGCCAUGAGAUGGCAUGCUACUGAACGACCCAAAGAUGGGAAUUUAAGACAUCCUGCUGAUGGGGAAGCUUGGAAGGAUUUUGAUUCAUUGCACCCGGAUUUCUCUAAAGAUCCUCGUAAUGUUCGAUUGGGUCUUUCAAGUGAUGGUUUCAAUCCAUUCCGAACCAUGAGCAUUUCCCAUAGUACAUGGCCAGUUAUGUUAAUGAACUAUAAUUUGCCACCAUGGAUUUGCAUGAAGCUGGAGUAUAUAGUGUUGUCAAUGAUCAUUCCAAGUCCAUCAUCUCCUGGAAACGAUAUAGAUGUGUUCCUACAACCGCUAAUUGCAGAGUUGAAGGAACUAUGGGAAAUGGGAGUGGAAACAUAUGAUGCUGAAACUAACCAAAUAUUUCUAAUGCGUGCAGCUUUAUUGUGGACAGUUAGUGAUUUUCCAGCACUAGCAAUGCUUUCCGGAUGGAGUACCAAGGGGAAAUGGGCAUGCCCCACCUGUAAUUAUAAUACUUGCUCUCAAUAUCUCAAACAUAGUCGUAAGAUGUGUUACUUGGGUCAUCGAGCAUUUUUACCUCCUGAUCAUCCAUUCCGAAGAGAUAAGAAAUCAUUGGAUGGUAAAGAGGAGCAUAAAGCUGCACCUACUCCCUUAUCAGGCAUAGAAGUGCUUGAAGAGCUACGUGAAUUCAAUAAUGUCUUUGGGAAGGGCCGAAAGAAAAGGGCUCGGAAGAGUGAUGGUCCAUGGAAGAAAAUAUCCAUAUUUUUUAAAUUGCCAUAUUGGGCACAUAACAAAUUGAGGCACAAUCUUGACGUGAUGCACAUAGAGAAGAAUAUAUGUGAUAGUUUGCUUGGGACUUUGUUAGAUGUACCUGGAAAGUCCAAAGAUCAUGUAAAUUCUCGCUAUGACUUGCACGAGAUGGGGAUACGCAAGGAGCUUCAACCAUUUAAAGAUGAUAAGAAUGGUAAAAUUCAUCUGGCUAAAGCUUGUUUCUCUAUGAAACCAGAGGAGAAAAGGUUGUUUUGCACUGUUUUAAAAAAUGUCAAAUUACCAAAAGGGUGUGCCUCUAAUAUAUCACGUCGUGUGAAAAUGGAGGAGAUGAAAGUAUCAGGAUAUAUGAGCCAUGAUGCUCAUUUCAUAAUGCAGUACUUGCUUCAGGUUGCGGUUAGAAAAGUGUUACCCAAGAAUGUGUCUUUGGCCUUGAUUAGGUUGGGGAAUUAUUUUAGAACCAUAUGUAGUAAGGUUAUAAGAAGAAGAGAUCUUGAUAAAAUGAAGGCUGAAAUCAUAGAUAUAGUAUGUGACCUUGAAAAGAUUUUUCCUCCAACCUUUUUUGAUAUAAUGACACAUUUGCCUAUCCAUUUAGUAGAUGAAAUUAAGCUUGGGGGUCCGGUUCAUUUGCGUUGGAUGUAUCCUAAUGAGAGAAACAUGUGUAAGUACAAGGGGUUCGUUCGGAAUCGAUCCAAUCCAGAAGGAUCAAUAGCGGAGAGUUUUCUGGCCGAAGAGUGUUUGACCUUUUGUUCAAGAUACCUACAUGAUGGGGUGAAGACAAGAUUUAGUAGGUAUCAGACCGAGGAUGAAGAUGUUCAAACAAAGGGAAAUGAUUUUUCACAUAUAUUUCCUAAGACAGGCCAUCCAAUUGGAAGUAAGAAGAAAAGGAAAGGCAAGACAUUUGACAUGGAUAGUCAUCAGUGGGUUGAAGCACAUCGGUAUGCUUUGUUCAAUACUGGAGAUGAACAAGUAGAGACGUUUAUCAAGGAACAUAAGAGUAUAAUUGAUAAACGUGGUAGAGGAAAUGCAUGGGCAAAAGCACGAAUUCAUAGUUGA